AUGGCCCAACAACAAAAUGACAAUGUGAUGAGGAGGAAACUCGUCAUCAUUGGCGACGGUGCUUGCGGAAAGACUAGUCUUCUGAGUGUUUUCACCCUCGGCUACUUUCCUACAGUGCCGACGGUGUUCGAGAAUUAUGUGACCGACUGUCGAGUUGAUGGCCGGUCGGUACAACUGGCUCUGUGGGAUACGGCAGGUCAGGAAGACUACGAGCGUCUGCGACCGCUGGCAUAUUCCAAAGCGCACGUCCUCUUGAUUGGAUUUGCGGUCGACUCGCCAGAUUCGUUGGAGAACGUCAAACACAAGUGGAUCGAAGAGGCCAACGAACGAUGUCCUGAUGUACCCAUCAUCCUCGUCGGACUGAAGAAGGAUCUUCGCGAAGAUCCAUUGGCCAUUGAGGAGAUGCGCAAGAAGUCCCUGAAAUUUGUGACAUCCAAAGAAGGAACGGAGACGGGAGCGCAAGUUGGUGCGCGUAAGUAUUUGGAAUGUUCCUCCCUCACGGGCGAGGGUGUCGACGACGUCUUCGAGGCCGCGACCCGAGCAGCGCUGCUGUCCUUUGAUAAGCGCAAAAGCUCAUGCUGCAUUGUUCUAUGA